AUGAAGAUCGCCGCCCUCUCCGUCGCAGCCCUCUUUGUUGCCCCCGCUCUUGCCGCCAAGACCUGGGACGUCAACGUCGUCAACGGCCUCUUCUCCCCCCAGGAGCUCAACAUCGCCCCCGGUGACUCUGUCAACUGGCCCAACAACGACGGUGCCAACCAUGCCAUCGUCCAGACUGUCCCCGGUGCGCGCUCCUGCAACUCUCUCCCUGGAGGCUUCAACUCGGGUACCAAGACCAACGGCCAGGCCUACCUGCGCGUCUUCCCCACCGCCGGUGUCAUCAACUACAAGGAUGGUGUCGGUGCCAACUGUGCCAAGGGUGCCGUCGGAACCAUUAACGUUGGAACUGCCGGUAACGGGACCGGCACUACCUCUGGUACUGCCUCUGGUACUGCCUCUGGUACUGCCUCUGGUACUGCCACUGGUACUGCCUCUGGCACUGCCACUGGUACUGCCUCUGGCUCUGCCUCUGGCUCUGCCACGGGUACUGCCACUGUCACCGGCUCCACAACUUCUGUUCCCACUACUUCCCCCACCAACAAGCCUAAUGGUGCCUCUUACUUGACCCCCGAGUCCUCCGUCUUCCUCGGAGUUGCCGCCUUCAUUGGGGCCCUUGUCCUCUAA